CUUGUCACAUCUGUUUUGUAAAUAAGUGCAUGAGAGUGCUGGAUAUUUAAUCUUUUCUCUUCAACCACCACCACUCUGAUUUCAUCAGUUUAUCUGCAAGCAAAGAUUCACAAGAAAGCAGAGACAAAAUAGCAGUUCUUUCACCGCCCUUGGGAAUGGUACAAAUGACUGUGCAGAACUACAUGAGAUCCUUACAUCGGUUUUCAGAAAUGCCUGUUCUCUCAAGAUGGAACAGCAUGAGCUCAUCUCUUCCUCUCCCCAAUACUCCAAAAAGUAUCACUGAGUGGCUAGAUUUCUCGGAAAAGGAUCCAGUAGAGGUUUUGCUGGAUUUGGGGUUUGGCACUGAUGAACCAGACAUCUGCACUAAAAUCCCUUCUCGCUUCAUCAGUUGUGCAUCCACUGCUAAAGGAAUCAAUAUCCGUGUCUUUAUUGAAGCCCAAAGGCAGCGCAUGGAUUUAGAAAGUCCCAAUUUGUGUGAUAUGAUAAUGACAAGAACAAAUAGUUGCCAAUCUGACAGCAGUGGAUUUCUGGAAGAUCCUUCUGAGCCCUUACCUCUACAGGCCCUGUCCUUGCCUGGAAACCUGAGACUUAGCUUCAGUUCCCAUGAUGGACAAUCAUUUCUACGACACAGAAAAGAUUCAGUUCCAACAAGCACAGACCUUCAGUCCUAUACAGAGCGGUCCACCACUGACACAUCAAUAGUAAACAGUAGCCAUCAUGAUGUAUUAUUGCCCAGCCUGAGCAGAGAACAUACUUUUCAGGGAGAGGAAAUCUUUUAUUCUAUAAAUGAAGAAGAUGAUCUGUAUGUGACUUUUGGUGGCCAGAUGGAGAGUACUACCAGUGAAACUGGAUUUCAAAUAAAUGAGAAGGAGACACGAAGUGGAGAAGGAGAAUUGGAAAAGGGAGAUAGCUGUGUGCAAGAGUGUCUUUUGUGCCAUCACAGUGAUAGUAUGAAUCAAGUUGAAAUUAACUCUUCAGAAGAAAACUGUCCUUCACACUGUAAUGAAAUAAAUUCCAAUGUAGAUGUAACUCCAGCAAAUAAAAACUCCAUACCUUUCAUUGUACAUAAUGGGGGACAAUUCUGUGAGGACAGAAAAGAAUGCGAUGAACAUUUGACUGAAGAAGUAGAAAUUAAAGAAGAUGCAUGUCUAGAAGGUGUAGCUGUAGGUAUUGCAGGAAAGCCAGAUGAUUUGCAGGUUUGUGGAAAGUUGGACUCCCACAUUCCACUCACAGAUGUCACAAGCAAUUGUCAGGAUAUUGAUGUAAGUGACCCAGUUAUACAUUUGGAUGCAAUCAGGACCAUUAGAACUGAUUGUGAAGUCAAAGCUGCACAACUAGAGCUCAGUGUUAUUCCCAGAAGCUUCCUUCCCGAUGAUAGCUUUUCUCCUUCCUACUUUGGAAAGAGAGAAGAUGGAUCCUUGGACAUGUUACCAGCAAGCAUGGAACUGGGAAAAGAGGAACAUGUCCCUUGCUUUGAAAUGAAUAGUAAUAGCCCCCUUAAAUCUGUCACUGUCCAGAUGUCUUCAAGACUAGUGUCCAAUAUGCAGAGCAUCUCAUUGGGUGAAACUGGUGUAAAAAGCCAGUCGAUGGACUUCUCAGCCAAGGUGCCCCAGAACUCAAAGGAUGAGCCUGUACUGACAUCAAUCCCAGUGGCAUCAAAUGGGGAAGAUGAGCAAAUGAAAGAAGCUUCUAUUCAAACAGACAAGAGCACAACAAAAAAUGAAACUCUCCCCCUAUUUCAUUGUUUUCCUCCAUUUCACCAGCAUGGUCAUCUUGUGAAGUCCACUUCCCUAGACACAGGACUUUAUGGGAAAUAUAGAUCUUACUGCCAUGACCCUUUCAAUGCCUGGUGUGACCAGCACAGAGGUCACUGCUGCUCACUGAACUCCCAUCACAGCUGUUUGAUGUGCACUUACCCCUUUGCUACUUCAUGCAACCACCCUAUGGCAUGUUGUUCAUCUCAUGCUGCCACAGAGCUACAGCUUCUGAAAACUCUCAAGCUGUUGCAGGAUACAACAAUGAGAAAUAUUUCUUCUGGCACAGUCCAUGAAAUUGAAGUGAUGAAAAAUUCAUGCAAAAAGUUUCAAGAACGUCUGGAUGAGAUUGAGCAGCACCUGAUAGAGCAAGAGGCUCUCUUUUCCACCUCAAUGUCCAAUGAAGGACGAGAAGAAAGAAGACAACUGCAGGUCCUACGGCAGGCUGUGCGUCGAGAGGUGGCUGAGUUGGAAUGCCAGCUGCAAGAUCGUAUGCGGCAGGUUAGGGAAGGAAUUCUUAUGCAUCUGGAUCAGUUAUUAAGUGAACAGUCUCACCUGUGCUCAGAACUUGGAAUUCCUGAUUGGAGGGAUGAAAAGGCAUCUAGAACUGACCACAGUCUUCCAAAUAUUGCUUCUCCUUCUUUCGAUGCCAAAGCCAAGUGUUCAAAAAAUACAUGCCACAGGAGAACACCAAGCAGAAGUGCCACAGUCCCAUCCACCUCAUCUGCCUCUCUAUUCAGACAGGAUAAAUUGCAGGCUUCAGCUUUGGCUGCAAGCAAGCUCACUUCUAAAUCAAACCCUGAGGAAGUUCGCACCAGUAAAAAGGAACCUAAAGCUCCUUCUCAGGCCAAAAUGGACUUCAAGGCCUUUAUACAGAAUUUGAAAAGAUCUUUCCGAAAUUCUUUCAGCAAUGAAGCAGCAGAAGGAAAAGACUGAUGGAAAACUCUGCAAUUAUACUUUCCUAUUUUCAUUGAAGCACCUCUCAGAAUGGGAACUAAGCUGCUCUUUUAUAUACAUGAGAAUUACUCAUAAACAUUAAAAUCACUUUUUAUGAGAGAAUGUGUCAAAAAGAGAAGUAUGCAGAGAGAUGAAAAGCCCCAAGGACAGGUUUGGAUUAGAACCAUUACGGAGAAGAGGCAAGGAGGGUACACUGACUGAAAAAGCCAUCAAGCGAUAGAACCUUUUAUGGAAGUUCUGUGUAAAUUGUACUUGCUGAAGAUUUUUGAUCUUCCUAAAGCCUGUUACAUAGAGGACUGGUGCUAGAACUAAUGGGUUUCCAGACAAAUGCCCACUGUGUGAUCAUCUCCAGUAAACGUUUUCAUACUGGGUACUGUGAUUUCCUGAUGUUAAGUGCCAUCUUCUGGUAGCAAUUUAAAACAACAGGGAGAAGAACUCAUCUAUCUAAGUAUCCCCCCCCCCUACCCUCAGUGGGGUGAUGCCCAUGUUUUGUGGUUCUACUGCUUUUCUAAAUUUGCGUUUCAUUUCUGGAAUUCCUUGUGUGGAUUCUGUAGAUGGCAUAAAUCCAAUUCAUAACCCCAACCUGAAUAGACCUGUUCAAUCAAUGGAACUCAAUUAGAUGUUGGUUUACCAAGUUCUCAUUGAUUCAGCAGUUGUGUGACUGACAACUGGAAUUAGGACAGAGGUGGGUAAAGUGCAGCCUUUCAGGUGUUGUUGGGCUGCAACUCCCAGCAGCCCUAAUCAGAAUAGCCAAAACUGACAGAUUAUUGGUGUCACCAUCUGGUAAAAUCUGGAACAACAACAUUUAUUUAUAACAUCAUUUUGCCAAAGGGCAGAAUACCAACACAUAUAAUCAAGCACAAGACAAUAAAACAAACACUAUCAUAUGCUAAAGUUAGCAUCCUUAACACCCCAUCAGUUGAUACUUGCCCCAGUAGUUUUAAACACACUCAGCAGCUUAAUCUGAUGAAUUAAAGAAAAAAGUGUUCUGCCUUUUAUGAAAAUGGUUAAUAUCCUCCUCCAGCCAGAGAUGCAAAAGAAGACUCUUCCACAAAUGUGGAGCCAAGUCCUGAAAGGCUCGCAACCUUGACAGAGCCAUAUGCAUUAUUGGAACUGUCAACAAUCCUUUACUUGUAGUUCUUAGGUUUCUAGAUGGUAUGUACCAUGCUAGGUGAGCUGUCAAAUACUGAGGGAGGUUAGAGCUCAAGGACUUAAAUAUCAAGCUGGUAGCCAAUGGAGGGAUCUGUGAGGAAGUGAGACUUGUGAAUAUUUAGGAAGAUUUAAAACAACCCCGAUGCACUAUUCUGGAUUAAAACCAGGGGGUAAAGAGAGCAGGAAGGCAAACGUGCCUCUAAGCUAAUAUUUCACACCUCGUCCAGGUGUGAAAUAACCAAGGCCUGGACGAGGAGAUAGGUAGUGUCAACAGUAAAAAAAACUACGGAUGCUAUGGAUGUUCAAAAGAUGGAAACUGCAUGCCUUUUCAGUUGCGUUGAUAAAGGGUCAUGGGGACAAAUGAUCAUCCAGCAAAAAUCCAAGGUCCCAGGCAACUGAGACAGAGCUGUGAAUCAUCCUUUAAACAUAGUGGAGGUAAUGAAAGUAGAGCUUCUGGGUGGUCAGGCUGAAACACCAGGAUCUCUGUUUUAUCCAUGUUCAACUUAAGACAGUGUCUGGUCAUGCACUGAGAAGUAUUCAACAGGCAAUCCAUCAUGGACUUCCACAUGGCAGUGUCAAAUAAAUCAAAGAUCUGAUUGUCAUCUGUAUAAAUGUGAUAUUUAAAACUCACUUCUGUAAUAAGAGAUCCAAGGGGAAGCAUAUAUAAUGAGAAAAGAAGAGGACCCAACACAGAUCCUUGAAGCACCUCUACAGUUACAGGGAGAGUAUAGAUGCCUGAAAAGAAACAGGAAAUGAAUGGUCCAACAUUUAAACUGGGAAUAGUAGGAUCUGAUGGUCCAAAGUGCGACAGAGAGGUAUGUUAGGAUCAACACAGAUGAUUGACACCAAGCUAGAAUGUAAUUUAGAACAUGAGUCAGAGCCAUUUCUGUGGAAUAUGAAACCCUGAUUGAAAUUGGUCAAAAAGAAAAUCAUGUGUGGCCAAAUAAGGUCCCAAGUGGGGGAGGGCUGCUCCCUCCAGGACUUUAGAAAGAAAUGGGAGGAGAGACAUAGGGUGAAAUUAACACAAAGCAAAGGAUCCAGGGGUGUUCUUUUAAUAAAGAGUGCAUAACAGCAUGCUUAAAACAACCCAGAAAAAUACUCUUUAAGAAAGAACAGUUCACCAAGUGAGCUAUAAAACGCAAAGGCACAAAGACUGGAUAAAGAAAAGAAGGAAAAGGGUCAACAGUACAAAAAGUAAGAGAGGGAGACAACACAUCCUGGAGGGCUGCACUUUGUCCACCCCUAAUUUGGGCCUAUGAAAUUGGCAUUUGUUAUUUUCACAUUUGUAAAGUUUCCUGUGAACUUAUCACACAAACAAAUAAGCUGGCUUACCUCUUUCACAUUCAGUUCAGGAUCCAGGAUGCCCCUGGAUGUUAUCAGAUCUAAAUUGCCACUGAUCUAGCCGCAAUGCCGCUGCCUGGAUGCAUUCCGGGUCAAAGCCUCACUUAACAGCACAUUCUCAAAGUCAGUUUUUGACUUCAAUAAAUGGCAGACUGAGCGAGACUUUGACCCAGGAUGCAUCUGGGCAGCGGCAUCACAGCUAGAUUGGCUGCGAUUUAGGUCUGAUAACAUCUGAGGGCAUCCCAGAUCCUGAACUGAAUACAGUAAAUGUUAGCUGGCUCAUAUCUUUGUGUGAUAAGCUCCCUGGUCUUAUAAUCAAAUGAACUUUUAAAAAGAAGAUGCACAUCUACCUAAAAAGCUAUCUUGUGUUUUAAUUCAAAAUUUAUAUGGCCUCCCCCUCCUCAGAAUUUUAACCCCUUCUUUCAACUUCCCUUUAACAAAUCCCUUCAUUUUUAAAAUGCUUCUUCAUUUGAAAUAAAAUAUGUUGAUCCUCUUUGGUGAUUUUCCAGUCACAUAGAUGAUGUAUCUGACAUGAUGGUGGACAGUGAUCCCACUUAGUUCAACAACACAUUGUUCCUUAGAUCCUGGGUGCUGCUUGGGGUUAAAUUCGGGGUUAUUGCCCAUCUCAUUAUGCGUGACUGACUCUUCUUACACUGAGCCAUUUAUGGUAUCAUUCUCCCCCUAGCAACCUCAAAGUGACCCCAAAAAUCUGGUGCUGUGCCUUUUUCCCCUCCUCCUCAACUACCUGAAUGAAUUGGACCAACAAUAUAUCUCACUACUAAAAUAUUGUUAUAGUUUCAUAUUUUUACAAAUAUAUUAUGCAGUUCUGAUUAUGAGGAAGUCGAUACAACAAAACUGUCCAUAUGUCCUCUGUGUGGAGGAGUCAUGCACAUGAAUACCUUAAACAUAUCCUCCAUGCACCACUACUCUCCCACCAAUGUCAAAGGAACCCUGUGCAGAAAUGUCUUUCUGUGUCAGAUAUCUGUGUUUCACUGGGGCAAUUUGUCUGUAAACUCCUAAAAUAUAGACGUUGUUAUAAGACGGCUAAAACUGACAAUCCUUGUGGUGAAUUUCAUUCAUUAUCGAUAACACCUUAUUGCAUAAAGUCAAAUACUGACUCUAUAAUACUGAGUCUGGCAGAUCUUAUAAUUUAAUAAAAUAUAUGUGCCCAAGGCCUUGUUUGGCUAUGGGGGGGCCUAAUUCCUGUGUGAUCGCUAAUUCAUCAUUCCUUGUUCCUGUCAAAAUAGUGGUUGCCAACUCAUGAUCUUCCAGAUGUUCUCAGAUCUGUUCUUUAACCAUGCUAGUUGCAGUUGAUAGAUGUCCAACAAUGUCUGGAUGACUACAUUUUUUUUAUUCCUGCUAUCAAUGUUUAUGUUAUUGAAGAGACAGGGAGAUAUACCAGUACUUUAACUUGCCAAUGUAAUAAGGUUAAGUAGCCUAACAGCAUGCCUGAAUUAUUCUAGCAAUAAAAACAUCUGAGCA